CAAUCAGCACAGACCAAUCUUCAAAGUUGUUGCUCAGUCAGGUGUUCCUAGUGUUCCACCAGGCAACAGUACUGGCACAAGAGACCCGAUAAUGUCCCUUGAUGUCAAGUAUAAUUGAAAGGCGGUGCGUUUGUUUCCUCCUUGUUUCCAUUUCUUGCCUCACUUCGUGCUUGCGAGCACCGUGUAAUCCCCUAUGGAAACUCGCAUCUUAUUCGUGUGCCCUGUGCUGCUCGCCAUAAUCUGUUCGAGUCUAUUCUGCACACCAGCAGCAGCACUUGAUGUUGAAGGCAAUUUUAGUAUCGUAGAUGGGCCAAGUGAAGUCCGAGGACGUGUUGUUGAGGUGCUUGCGAAUGGCACUUGGUCAUCCCUAUGUGCUGUUGACUGGAACCUUACUGAUGCUGAUUACAUCUGCCAAUCUCUUGGGUUUCAGGCAGCAGUUGAGGCUUUCACACACUAUGGAGGCAGCAACGGAAUGUCCUGUGCUUGUACCGUUAACAGCACUCGUUCAGAUUACGGAUGUGAUUAUCCGCCUGUUGCAACAUCCUGCCAGCACAGGCAGUACGCUGGAGUAGAGUGCGUGGAUCCCGUGUCCUGUGGAACUGCACCUGAAUUUUCGUUUGGGUGCAUCCAAGUCACCACGACCACGCCAGGGUCAUAUGCGUACAUCACCUGUCAGCCAGGGUAUAGAUUCGUUGGAUCUCUACCAUACAGUAUUUGUCAACGCAAUGGCUCUUGGACACAACCCGCCGGGGCAUGCACCAAAUUACUUGUAUGUAGUGAAGACCUUACAAUCUCCAACGGGAAUUCAUUUAUUGGCAAUCGUACAAUUGGUUCAGUUGCCGUCAUUGUCUGUGACGAAGGAUUUCGGUUCAACGGCAGUAACGCGACUGUAUCCUGCUCAGGGAGAACCGCCACUGUUGCGCAAUGGACAUCAAUAAACGGGCGUUGUAUUCGGUAUCACUCAUUCUGUGAAAGGCCACCUCUAAUUCCGUUCGGGUACUUAAACUUCAACACUACAAAUUAUUACGGUCUGUAUGCAAGAAUUGCCUGCUUCCCUGGUUACGAGUUUGUAGGGUUUCAAUAUGUCAUUUGUCAACGGAAUGGCUCUUGGACGCAAACUCACGGGAAAUGCGAAAGGCAUCACUCAUUCUGUGAAUUACCAGUAGUUUCGUUUGGGUCCUUAAACAUCACCCGUUCCACGCGGCUGUGUGCAAACGUAACAUGCUUACCCGGUUACGACUUUGUAGGAGCUAAAAGAACAAGAUGUUGCCAACUGGAUCGCUCUUGGACACAAGCUGACGGGAAAUGCGAAACAGCAUGCCCGGCGGAUUGCGAUUUUGAGAACGGACUGUGCAAGUUUGAAGAUGACCACGCUGCAGAUGACCACACCGGCCGCCAGCCAUUCAUUCUCCAAAAUCAAAAUACUUCAAGACUAUUCACUAACACAAAGUUUACUGAUCACACGUUUAAGAACGGAACAGGUCACUACAUCUACCUUAAGGGGGUCCAUUAUCCUAGAAAUUAUCCAAACUCUGGCAGCGUGGCACGCGUCAUCACCAACUACUUCCAUCCGCUGUCCACGCCGCUGACCACCACGUUCUGGUAUUACCUGAAUGGAGAAACCAAUGGCACACUGCGUGUCGUAGUGCAAGACAUCAAUUCCACCAUGUGGCGAACGGUUUGGUACACGUCAAACACCCAGGUUAAUUCCUGGAUCCAGGCAUCCAACGUCGUAGUCGACUCAGCCAAUAUGUUCCGCGUUGGCUUCGAGGCGUGGGCGGCAUCCGGUUGGUCUGUGGACAUUGCACUGGACGAUAUUACAUUCACGAAAGGCUGGUGCACAGAAAUACCUCCACCUGCUGCGAAACCCUGCACAACAAAGAUGUCGUCGGGUCUCUUGGCGGGGGUUAUUGUUAUAACGGUACUUGUGAUCCUGUGCGCCGUACUCACCGCAGCAAUGUGGGCAAAAUUACGUGUAGAACUGGGUAAACGUUCUAGAAAGAAUGAUUUCGUGUUGGAAGUACCCUGGCAACCAUUGGCGGACUCUUUCAUGCAAGUUAAUGAAGAAAAAGAAGAUGGAGCACGCACAAAAGAUACGAGCAGCAGCAGCAGUAGCAGCAGCCGCAGCAGCAGCACCAGCAGUAGCCGACGCAGUAGCGCCAGUAAACAGCGAGAGAAGAGGCAGGAAGAAGACGCCGCGAUGUUGAUGUGAAGGUAUGCGGAGGCAUUCUCUCGAACGUAGAUCGAAGAGCCUACAAUUCACGGUUAAUUGAGACGAUCUCCAUAGCUUACGUACAAGGGCCUAUCAUUCCCCUACCACGCAAUACCAAAAGGAGAACCCCUGCACGAUAAUGCUUAUGCAGCUGCCAGAGGCUUGCGAUUAUGCAAACUUGUUAUUACUCUUAGCACUGACGCGGCGCUACAUAUUAGGCUAAACACUUAGCACAUCCACAAACUUGGAUGGCAUACCAAGCCAAGCACGUUGGAAUUAUAUUUUACACGUUCUUACGCAAGCAUUAGACGUACGCAUGUGAUAAAUCAAUAAUGAUGAAGUCACCUGAAACUGAAGUGUGUACUUGGAAGAUACGCAGGUGGUUGGUUUGCCAACCUCACUUCCUUGUGCUGGCCAUGUUAUGUACCACGAAGUGAUGAAAUAUAACAUGGAAUAAUACAUGAUUCUACGCGUACUCUACAUGUAUCUAAACGUACUUUGUUCUUUCGAUCAUUGAUUUCCCCAUUUCAUUACCCAUUGGGGCAUACAAAAUGUUCUUUUCAAUUUGUUCGCAAGCUAGCAUGUUAGCAGGAUAUGAAUCACUUGCAAGUACACACAUACUGCAGGAAAUAAUAUUUUGGCAUUGGGCUGUUGUUUGAAAAUGCAUCAUGCACACAUUCAUUCUGUGGCGAUGCUCCGCGGUGCAGGCAUCUGCCUGUAGAUGGCAUAUGACAUGGAUGCGGUGCGAGAAUGUCAUUUAAUCCUCUGAACUGCCCUGUAUUUC